AUGGCGUCGUUCGAUGAAGCUCCUCCCGGAAACUCCAAGAAUGGCGAGAAGAUCUUCAGGACCAAGUGCGCUCAGUGCCACACCGUGGAUAAAGGUGCCGGUCACAAACAAGGACCCAAUCUGAAUGGUUUGUUUGGAAGGCAAUCUGGCACAACCGCUGGAUAUUCCUAUUCUGCUGCUAACAAAAACAUGGCUGUGAUUUGGGAGGAAAAAACCUUGUAUGAUUACUUGCUCAAUCCUAAAAAGUAUAUUCCAGGGACGAAGAUGGUAUUUCCUGGUCUUAAGAAACCUCAGGAUCGUGCAGAUCUUAUUGCAUAUCUUAAAGAAUCCACUGCAUAA